AGACGCAGAGGAGGCGUGAGCGCGCACGUAGAGAGACGCACGCGCAUGCGCGCACUCCGGGGCCUGCCCUGCGCGGAACAGGAGGCGCCUGAGUAGAAGGCGGAGGAGGAGGAGGAGGCGAGAAGCGGCGCUGAGGCGUCCGUCCGUCCGCGCAGUUUAAUUCCCGUUCUCCUUGUGAGGGCAGGAGGGCGAGGGCCCAUCGGUCGGUCGUUGCGCGAGGCUUCGGGGGGCCAUUCCUCCGGGGCCGACCCUCCCCCGGAGCCAACAUUCCCGAAAUCAAGCGAUACGCGGCGGCGGCGGCGGCCGGGGCUGGGGCUGCGGCUUCGGCUUCGGCUUCGGCGGUGGCGACUUCGGGGCCCAGCGGCGGCAGUGGCGGCGGUGGCGGGUCUUCCGGGGCCGGAGGGGAGCGCAGCGAGGCCAACGCCGCCUCCACCGCCAUGGAAGCCCUGGGGCCAGGGCCGCCCACCAGCCUCUUCCAGCCGCCCCGCCGUCCUGGCCUGGGAACAGUUGGGAAACCAAUCCGUCUCUUAGCCAAUCAUUUCCAAGUGCAGAUUCCUAAAAUUGAUGUUUAUCAUUAUGAUGUGGAUAUCAAACCAGAAAAGCGUCCCAGGAGGGUCAACAGGGAGGUUGUGGAUACAAUGGUAAGACACUUCAAGAUGCAAAUAUUCGGGGAUCGGCAACCUGGCUAUGAUGGCAAAAGAAAUAUGUACACGGCACAUCCUCUGCCAAUUGGCAGGGAUAGGGUAGAUAUGGAGGUCACACUCCCAGGUGAAGGAAAGGACCAGACCUUUAAAGUGUCAGUUCAGUGGGUUUCUGUGGUCAGCCUUCAGCUGCUCCUGGAAGCUCUGGCUGGACAUCUGAAUGAAGUCCCAGAAGACUCUGUACAGGCGCUAGAUGUCAUUACGCGGCACCUUCCCUCUAUGAGGUACACGCCAGUGGGCCGUUCCUUCUUCUCUCCCCCUGAAGGAUACUAUCACCCAUUGGGAGGAGGUCGGGAGGUCUGGUUUGGAUUCCACCAGUCUGUCAGACCUGCUAUGUGGAACAUGAUGCUCAACAUAGAUGUAUCAGCAACUGCGUUUUACCGAGCCCAACCAAUUAUUGAAUUUAUGUGUGAAGUUUUGGACAUUCAGAACAUCAAUGAACAAACAAAACCCCUUACAGAUUCCCAGCGUGUUAAGUUUACCAAAGAAAUCAGAGGAUUUCCAGGUUUAAAAGUAGAGGUUACUCAUUGUGGUCAGAUGAAGAGAAAAUACAGAGUUUGCAAUGUUACUAGGCGACCAGCCAGCCAUCAGACGUUCCCUCUGCAGUUGGAAAAUGGGCAAGCUAUGGAGUGCACAGUAGCACAGUAUUUUAAGCAGAAGUACAGUCUACAGUUGAAAUAUCCUCAUCUUCCAUGCCUUCAAGUAGGACAGGAGCAGAAACAUACAUAUUUACCUCUAGAGGUAUGUAAUAUAGUAGCAGGCCAGCGCUGUAUCAAGAAGCUAACAGACAAUCAGACAUCAACUAUGAUCAAGGCAACAGCACGGUCUGCACCUGACAGACAGGAGGAAAUUAGUAGAUUAGUCAAAAGUAACAGCAUGGUAGGUGGGCCUGAUCCAUAUCUGAAGGAGUUUGGGAUUGUUGUCCAUAAUGAGAUGACAGAGCUGACAGGCAGGGUGUUACCUGCACCAAUGUUGCAAUAUGGAGGCCGGAACAAGACUGUGGCUACACCUAAUCAGGGUGUCUGGGAUAUGAGAGGAAAACAGUUCUAUGCUGGCAUUGAAAUUAAAGUCUGGGCCGUUGCCUGCUUUGCUCCUCAGAAGCAAUGUCGGGAAGACCUAUUGAAGAGUUUUACUGACCAGCUGCGCAAAAUCUCCAAGGACGCAGGGAUGCCGAUCCAGGGCCAACCGUGCUUCUGUAAAUAUGCCCAGGGGGCAGACAGUGUGGAGCCCAUGUUCAAACACUUGAAGUUGACUUACGUUGGACUUCAGCUAAUUGUAGUGAUUCUCCCUGGAAAGACACCCGUCUAUGCUGAAGUUAAACGUGUUGGGGACACUCUUCUAGGCAUGGCCACCCAGUGUGUCCAAGUGAAAAACGUUGUAAAAACUUCUCCGCAGACUCUUUCCAAUCUCUGUCUGAAGAUCAAUGCAAAGCUUGGAGGAAUAAACAAUGUGCUGGUACCACAUCAAAGGCCCUCUGUAUUCCAGCAGCCAGUGAUAUUUCUGGGAGCAGAUGUUACUCACCCACCUGCUGGGGAUGGGAAGAAGCCUUCCAUUGCUGCUGUAGUAGGCAGCAUGGAUGGCCACCCGAGCCGCUACUGUGCCACAGUGCGAGUGCAGACAUCCCGCCAGGAGACUUCCCAGGAGCUGCUGUACAGUCAGGAAGUGAUCCAGGACCUGACCAACAUGGUGCGAGAAUUGCUGAUCCAGUUCUAUAAAUCCACCCGCUUCAAGCCCACGCGGAUCAUCUAUUAUAGAGGAGGCGUAUCAGAAGGGCAGAUGAAACAGGUAGCCUGGCCAGAACUCAUUGCAAUCCGAAAGGCCUGCAUCAGUUUAGAAGAAGACUACCGGCCAGGGAUCACCUACAUUGUUGUGCAGAAAAGGCAUCACACAAGACUCUUCUGUGCUGACAAAACAGAAAGGGUGGGGAAAAGCGGCAAUGUUCCAGCAGGCACUACUGUGGACAGUACCAUCACACAUCCCUCUGAAUUCGACUUUUACCUCUGUAGCCACGCAGGAAUUCAGGGAACUAGCCGCCCAUCUCACUAUCAAGUUCUGUGGGAUGACAACUGUUUCACUGCGGAUGAACUGCAGCUACUGACAUACCAGCUCUGUCACACUUAUGUCCGGUGUACGCGGUCUGUCUCUAUCCCUGCUCCUGCAUAUUAUGCCAGGCUGGUAGCAUUUAGGGCACGAUACCAUCUUGUGGACAAAGACCAUGACAGUGCUGAAGGGAGCCAUGUUUCGGGACAGAGCAACGGCCGUGACCCUCAAGCACUCGCCAAGGCGGUACAGAUCCACCACGACACCCAGCACACCAUGUAUUUUGCCUGAUCAGACGGUUAGGAGACGAGGGAGAAGCGGUCGCCCACUGGGGCAUUCCCACCAUCUACUGGUUGUUAGGGCUCAGUUUUAUUUCAGGCUGCCCACCAACGGCAGCUUGGACAGUUCAACUGAACCGACACUUGCAGCAACAUUGGAUGCAGAUGCAAUUGAGCCAUUUUUUUUGUGUGAUUUUCAGUAAACCGAAAUUUCAUAGACAGUCUUUGCAUUGGACUGAAUUUUUACCUCAAAAGCGCAAAAAGGCUGAUCCUCCUAAAAGAAAUUUUUAAAGCACUCGGCACGGAAAAAGAAAGGUUUUUAUUGAAAUAUUUUGCUAAAUCGAGUUUAAGUUACCUCCUCGUUCCUGUUAAGCUUAUCAAGAAGCUGAAUUCCUCCAGGGCUUCUUCAUAACUGCUUAGUGAGUCUCCAGCUCUAGUGAAACAUCUUACUCCACUGUUCUUCUCUGUGGGGCCAUAUAGACUUUUAACAAAUGGAACUUUACUGUAAACGCCUUUUCGGAAAGCAUUAACUUUCAGAGGUAUUGCUUGGGUUUUUGUUUGUUUUUGCUUUGUCAGGUUUUAAUAGUUCUCUUUUUGUAAAUCUCUCUGCAGUCGUGGGCUGCAAAGCAAUUGCACUAUAACUGCGAAUUCAACUCGGUGGUUCUCGUUCUGUGAAUGUGUAACGUAAGUGGACAGCAAUGCCCUUUGGCGAGUCUAAUACAAUAAAAUUAUACUAGUUACACGCAACUGCCACUGGAUGAUGGUUCAGGAUGCUGAGCCUCUUCCCUCCCCCUUCAAAAACCAAGUGAUGAUGUUCUAAAAUAUUAGUUUUAGGUAUUUUUCAGACAUUACAAAAGUGCCCAUUUUAUGCUGCUGUGUUUGAUGAAGUCAUUUUUAAUACUCUUUUUCAUAGAAGGUUUUAACUUUGGCAAUAAUUUUUUUUUUUUUAAAUACCCUGGCCGUAACUUUUCUAGUCAGAUACUUUACAUGAGUUACAGCCAGCAUUUCUUGUGAAGACUGAGGUAUCUUUGCUGAAAAAAAGGAAUUGGUUCUUUUUAAAAAGAAGAAGAAGAAUAAGAAGAAAGGAUCAGACAAGUCUCCCUCCAUGCUUUUUACAAAUGAUUAUUUUUAACCGUUUUAUAUUCACCAUUGGUCCGUCUAGCCCUUUUUUAUAAGCUUGGAAAGUGGGUGUUCCAUAUAGGAAAGGCUUUGCCAAUAUGUACAGCCGUGUAUAGUGUUGAACAGUAGCAAUCAAAAGACUUUUUACCAGCAUUUUAAACCUUUUGUUUUCUCUUGAGAGAGUUUAGGUUGCCCGCAUGUACAGCAGCACUCAGUAGCAUGUGUGAAGUGUAAAAGUUUAAACGUCGCCCUCUGAAAAGUUUCGGUAAAUUGAGGACUUCUUUUCUUUGCUCGGCUCCUUUCCGCAGAAACGUACAAUGCAAAAAAAAAAAGUCAAGGUGGGUGGGACGAUACGGUAGUGCUGCGUUUGAGAGUAUAGCUUGUGUGGAUGUUGGCACAAAGGUGCUUCAGAUGCCUGGUUGAGAUGACACGGCGCCACUGUGAAAGAUUUUGAGAUUUUGCCAAUGAUUGCACUCUGGUCUCUUGAAAUGCGCAGGUGGCGCUGCGGAGGCGUGCGACCUUGUGAGCCUUCCGACCCCUAGACCCCAAGGUCAGCAAUAUCCUAUGCUUUUAUUUUUAUUUGUGAUUUACACUUCCAAAUACUGUCGUUCGGUUGUACCAGAGUACACCGAAGUGAGCCUUCAAGCUUCUUCCAGAUUGGUGCAGCUCAGUGGGGACUGGGAACAUCCAGCUUCUCUUUUCUGUCCUUUCCACUUCCCACUCAGAAAACAGGAGUGAAGCAACCACAGUGUGGAUAGGCUUAGACACAAAUGUAUUUUAAGUGUGUUUUUACCCCCCUUAAGAUACCUCACUUGGCUAAUAAAUAUCAGGACGUGUGGCGAGGGAGAAUGGCUGCUGCUUCAGUUAGUCUGCUGCUUUCCUUUCUUUCUCUUUCUCUCUUUCCUUGCUCUCCUUUUUCUUUCUAUCUUUCAAGAAUACAUGUUCAGGGAGAAACUGCAAGAGUUAAACUUCUGCUGGCCCAGACAUAUGGAGACCUGAGGCACCUUGAAGAGGGUUUAAAGCACCUGUUUAGCAUGUAGCGUUUUAUUUUAUUGUUUCUUUAUUGCACUAGGUAAUGCUAUGGCUUGAAAGAAGGGAAGGUGGGUUGUGCAGAGAGUAAAAAUACAUGUCGUCUUAUCAGCGCAAGAAGUAGCUGGCCUGGCACUCGGCAUCCCUAGUGUCAAAAGAGCAGAAGCAUGCUCCUGUUUGCCUGUCCACACUUAAGACUUGAUUCUUCUAAAUAUCAUUGGAACAAUGUGUUAAAGCAAGCUUCCUUUUAUUUUAUUAAGGGCAUGUUUGUGCUUAGCUACUCGCGUUCAGGAAAGGCAGCUGUCGCUCCCAGAUUCGGACCAUGGUGCAGGAAUUGGGGGGCUUCAACCUUUUCCAUCCCAUUUUAUCUUCCCAACCCAUCCCUCUCUAAUAAAAUAGGCCACUAAAGUGGUAUUUGCAGCAAAUCUGUAUUCACACACCCUUUUCCCCUGCUCCCAUUUGGCUGCAUUUGCAAUAAUAAUAAGGAGAAGAAGCAGCUUUUAAGCAUACUUUUUAAAAAGUGCAUCCUUAAAAGGCCCCAGACUCUGCAGAUAGGAAUCUUAACAAAGCCCUGAAAUGGCUUUUCAGGACCAUUCAUCAAAUAAUGCCAAGGAUAGAUUACUUUCAUCUUAUCAUAGGACAACAUGAUCAUUAGAUAUAUAUGUUCUCAUGUCUCACAAGCUAUUGUUCUUCUGUAUUUUGAAAAAUUAGUAUGCUAGCGAUGUUCUUUUCAAUGCAUUGUUGCAGUGAAUCUUUAUUUUUAACCCAAAAACGUCUUUGGAAAGAAACUUCUUUGCCAACUUUUGCACUUUCUUGGGAAUUUUUUUUCUUCCUUCAUGGCUUUUCCUCCUUUUAAUUUUUUGCCCUUGUUGGACAUUUUCUGUGCAAAAAUAAUGAUGAUAAUAAUAAUGUUCAGUUAUCUCUUUUUGAGUCGCUGAAGAGUUUGGGCAUGUCUUUGGGAUGGACGGUCCAAAGCCGAGGGAGCGGAGGGUGUGUAGGCGAUAGCGGCAGUGUCUUCAAACUGUUGUCGGUAAGAUCUGGGCGAGAUCCAGUUGCAGCAAUACUGUUGUGUGUGUGACAAAAUCUUUUCGACUGCUCCUCAGCAGUCCUUCCCACCCGGCCCUGGGGAGAAACUGAAUUAUGCAUGUGUCAAUCAAUGGGAAGAUGUGCAUUCUGUAGCUGUAGCUUUUAGAGGUGAUUGGGUUUGUUGGUUUGUUUGUUGUUUAUUUGUUUAUGAAUGCUUUUUUCCCUCCCCUUUCGUUUAAACAAAGCCUGCUGGCUACUGUUUAGCUGUACGUUGUGGACGAUUUUCAAAUGUAGCAAAUAAAUGGACUUUUGGGGGGCAUGGGAAACGAAAUCGGAAAUGAGGAACCGUUGACGUUUUCCCGAAAAGCGACACAUACUUUGCUUCCCCACCUGACAGUUUUGCUCUGCUUUUUUGCGAGCUGUUGAAUUCCAAAAAAGCAUGUUCUGCUUAGCGUUUUCUGUUUAGGGGAGGGGAGAAAGUGGCUAGCGUUUUAAAUGUGGUGCCUAUAGAGGCAUCACAUAUAUUGAUAUAUCGUCUUUUCUCUCCCCUGCCCCUCUCCCAUGAUAAGCCUCUGUCCAACCAAUGGAGACCAGGCCAUCCUUGCAGUAGGUUAGCAGAUCUCCAGAUUCCCCCCCCAAAACCCUACCUUUGCGGAUGUGUUGCAUAGAGAUCUCCUUUCCCUCCUUGCUCUCAAUAGCAGGCCGGCUGCUCUGCUUUCAUUUUCGGAAAGCACAGCUCAGAGGGUGUUGUAUCAAUACUAUUUCAACUCCUAAGGGUUUGCGUUGGGUUUCUUUUUCCUCCCCUUGUUCAGUUUGGGGGACGAUCAUAUGUGAAUAUCACUCCAGAGUUUUCUUUAUAACUUGCUAUUGACACUUUUGUGAUAUUUCUAUGUCUAGAGCCGGAAAAAAAGAAAAACUUGUAUGUAAAACUUGUUUGCAUUUGUUCAUUAUUAUUUUUUUUUUUGACUUCUGAUGUAAUUUUAUUAUUUUCUUUGUUUUGGUUUCUAUAUUGUUAGACGCGUAAUGUUUUAAAUUGUAUUUUAUUAAAAUUGGACUUGGAUGUAUGUCUAUAGCAAUACGAGGUACAUUUUCUUUAAAGAAAAAACAGAACCCCCUUUUGGGGGGCAAAGAGGGGUGAACAGCUCCUCCGUUGCGAUAUGCUGGCUGUGUAUUAACUGCAGUGUAUUUUUAUUUCUUUUCUUUUUUUAGUCUGCAGGGAUUUUUGUGUUCAUGUGUCCAAAAAAUAAAGGCAUUUGUGUGCCAAAUGUUUUUUUUUUUCCCCUUUAUUGGUGUAUAAUAAAAGCAAAACUCUUAGCCUGCA